CUGCCUGUCUUGUUGGCUUGUAAAUGUAAACAAAUAACCUUAACUUGUUUAGUUCAAUUAAUAUUAACUAUUUUGCUUAAAUAUUCCCUGAUUGCAGUCAAUUACUUUGAAAUUAUGUAAGAUAUUUGCUGGUGUUUGUGUCCAAAUUGUGUUCUAUUCGAAUAUUUAUUACUGUCUCUGAUCGGAAUUGUUAAUUAAAAGAUGUGGGAUGAAGCGGAAUGGGAAAAGAAACCACUCCAAGAAGGAUUGAAUAGACACGCUGGAGAAGUUGUUUUACAUACGUUUGGAAAUUUUUUGGAAGAAUAUGGUACACAACUUUUGGCCAUCCAAGAAGCAUUAUCAGGAGCAUCAGAAUUGGAUUAUUACCCUGUUUAUGUUCAGAUUGAACCAGAAGAAGAUACAUCAAAUUUAGAACUAAUCGAUACAGACAAUAAGAUACUCAGAGGAGUUUUAGUUGUAUUCUCAUCUCUUUGUUUAGAAGUGAGGUCAUUAGAACAAGAAUUAAAUUCUCAGUAUUUAGAAACAUUGCUUUUCUAUGGCGAAGGAGUUGACACAAGCAUUCUGGAAGGAGAAGCUCAGUUGAUGAUAAGCAAGCUACUACCAUUGCUCCAGGAUUUAAUAUCUUUCGUCAAACGUUGUUACCAUGUACUUCUUCAGCUUGUUCAGCAGUUAGUUGCAUUUUAUGCAUUGGCCAAAGAAAACUCAAAGUCCUUAUCAGCUGCAGAUUUACAUUUACAGGAUGUUCUUGAUCACAUGGGGCAUCUACUUCUGAUUUUGAUCACAUUGGACGAGGUGAUGAUGAGUCAUAUGACACUUCGUGACCACUGGCAGAGUUACCAGCUUACUGUCAGCAAAGUGAUUCAUGAUAGUGUGAGAUUCAAGGCUGAUCCCAGCAAAACGAAAAUGUUAAGCAAAAUGCUUAGAGAAAUUAACAAUGUUCUUUUAAAUGGAACAAUAUUCCAGAGUGCACUCCAGUUGCCUUUUGAAAAAAGUGGAACGGUUUUAAAAAUCUCAGGAUUGGCUGAAGAAAUGGACAAAUACAUCAGGAAUGCACUUAUUGAAAUUGACAAUAAAAUUAUGACGGACCCAGAAGUCAAUACAUCCUGGGCAAGUGUAUGUGCAUUAUACACAUUCUAUGUACACUUGUUUGGAUCUUCUGACAAGAAGUUGUUCAAACAGUUUUGGGAGCUCAGUAAGAAAAUACCGUCAGUGACGCUCCAUGGUAACGUGAUCUGGUACCCAGAUCAGUUUCUCAGCCAACAUCUCAGCCACUUGUCCAAGAAACUUGUAGACAAGAAGGCUCAGGAGGCUGUGGUUUCUGCAAGACUCAACUAUAUUCAGCUCAGUGGCAGCAAUUUACCCAAAUUUGUUACAACUUUCUCAUUCCAGGUUUUUUCAUGGAUAAUUCAAAUGGAGAGUACUUUAAAAAAGGAUUUGUCUCAUUUCAAAUUUGAUGAAAUAAAAAUUAGGUGUAACUUGUACCUUGAGGGAGUUCAAUUAAGUUUGAAAAUGCACAAACUGUUAACUUCCCUGACCAACUUGCAUGGAUCUAUGGCAAAACCAAUGACAAAGUCCUCAGUGAUUGGACUCUGUAGACUGGUGGAACUGGUGAAGACAGUGCGAGAGACAUAUCUGAGACAUAGCGCAGUCAUUGUUCGAAGUGUGGGACACAUCAUUCAACGGCUCUGCUUUCAGACACUUACCAUUAUAGCCUCUGCAAAGAAGGGAUUAAUGUCAGACAAGAAGUUCUGUGAGAAGCACGUGGACAUGUUGUCAUCGUUAGUUGUGGCAGAGAAGUGCCUGAAUGGCCCACCUACACGUCUUAGACUUUUGGUUGCUCGACUUGCACUUUCAGUGGCUAACCAGAAAAACACAUUUCGUGAUGAUGAGUUGUCUAGUUUGUCCAGUGCCCUGUCUUCCUUGGCUCGUAUACCCAAUCUCAUCGAGCGACUCAACAAAGCAACUAACUGUGAUUUUCUCUAUUGGCAUCGAGUCAUCUUACCUAUUUAUUUCACUGCUCUCUAUGAGUCCAAGAGUAACCUGCACAGAAUUAAGUAUGUUUUGGAAGGCGUAGAAGAUAGUGUGAAGAAUAUGAAUGUCAACUUGCAGUCUCGAAUAAUGCCUCCUCUUAAACAAGAAAUCACACAGCAAAUGAAUACCAAGAUUAUAAAACCACUGUGUGAAGAAAUUGAGACCAACCUGAGGCUACACACACAUUCACACUUACAGUCUCAGGAGAUCCCCCUACAGACAGUGCAGCCAGACUGCAAGGACAGCCUCUCUCUCCCACCUCUCUACCUCUUUCACAGUUUUGUUUCCCUGAAAGGAAAGAUUGGGAAUUAUUUGGAGAAGACAUUCUAUGACUUGACAACAGUGGCACUACACGAUUGGCGCACAUACGGCGAGAUGCGUUGUCUCGCUCAGCACAAAUACAAUAUCUCAACCGUUGAAGAUACUCUACCAAGUCAAACAUUAGAGCAGGGCCUUGAUGUGUUGGAGAUCAUGAGAAACAUUCACAUAUUUGUGUCUAAGUAUCAGUACAACUUGAAUAACCAGAUUUUCAUAGAGCACUCAAGCAAUAACAAGCAUCUGAACACCAUAAACAUUCGACACAUCGCUAACUCGAUUCGCACUCAUGGCACAGGAAUCAUGAACACCACGGUGAAUUUCACAUAUCAGUUUUUGAGAAAGAAACUCAUAAUCUUCUCUCAGUUUCUUUAUGAUGAACACAUCAAAUCUCGACUACUGAAAGAUCUAUGCUUCUUUAGAGACAAUAAGGUUCAGUUGGAUUCCAAGUAUUCCUAUGAAAGAGCAGAGAAGUUCAAUAAGGGCAUUCGCCGGCUGGGAGUGACUCAAGAAGGAUUGACCUAUUUAGAUCAGUUUCGGAUUCUUAUCACUCACAUUGGUAAUGCAAUGGGGUAUGUGCGUAUGAUUCGGUCUGGAGGAUUACACUGCUGUUCUACAGCUAUACGCUACAUCCCAGAUCUGGACAGUAUAGUCAGCCUACAGGAACUAACCAGUGCCGAGGGGCUCUCAGAAACGUGUGUGCAGACAGCUCAAGUUCUUGACCAAGUUAUUAACAACAUGAGGCGCAAUAUCACUGAAGGUUCUGAGUACUUUAAGCUGCUCGUAGAUGUGUUUGCUCCUGUCCUGUGCGACCAGAAGAACAGCCAUCUUUGGAACUUCCACAUGAUUGUACCACCACUAACAAUCAACUUCUGUGAGCACAUGAUCACAGCAAAGGAGAAAAUGAGCAAAAAGAGCAAAGUAGGAGCAGCAUUUACUGAUGAUGGAUUUGCUAUGGGUGUAGCAUACGUGCUCAGUGUUCUGAAUCUAAAUGCUGAGUUCGACUCACUUCAUUGGUUCCAGUCGAUCAGAGACAAGUAUGCUUCGGAGCUGAGCAAUGUGACAAAGCAGAAACAAAUGGUAUCUAAAGAAGAUGAGAAACUUCUGCAAACUCUAAAUCUCACAGCUAAGAGACUUGAAGUUUAUCAACAGGAGUUCAAACUGCUGUACUACAGCCUGAGCAGUGCACGUGUGUUCUUCCAAAGAGAUCUCACAGCAAUGGCAGCAGAACCAAAAGUGGAACUAGCAAAUGACUGACUAAACUUACCCCUGUAUUCAUGUUGGCCUUUUUAUAAAUACCAUGUUGUACAUCAAUCAUACCUUUAUUACAUAUUUAAUGUUUGUAAAAGACAUUCCUGUAUAUUUUAAACUAUUUUAUAGAGAUUAUAAUACACUCUAAUAUUGUUAUAAAUAUAUUGUUUUCUUAUA